UCAAUCGGAUAUUAAUAAGAACAAAAGUAGUAAGGCGGAAGCGUUUAAAAAUAUUUUUGUGAUUUAUUAUGCAAUAAUAAAAAUAUAUUUUGAUAAUCUGUGAUUAAACAUCAAUUAUAUUUUAUAUUAUGUCAGGUUCUAUUAGAGUGAUCAAGGGCUUGGUAGCUCUUGUAACUGGUGGAGCAUCUGGUCUUGGAGAAGCCACUACACGUCGCCUGAUUCAGAAAGGAGCAUCAGUUGUGAUUUGUGACUUACCCACAUCAAAUGGUCAUAAAAUUGCUGAAGAAUUGGGAGAAAAGUGUGCUUUUGCUGCAAUUGAUGUGACAAAGGAGAGUGAUGUUUUGGAAGCUUUAAACAUAGCGAAAACCAGAUUUCAUAAAUUAGAUGUUGCCGUAAAUUGUGCAGGGAUAGGUGUUGCUAGUAAAACUUACAACUUUAAAAAAGGUGUUCCACAUUCUUUAGAAGAUUUUACCAAAGUUAUUAGUGUGAAUACGAUUGGAACAUUUAACGUGACUCGUCUGGCUGUAGGACUGAUGUCUAAAAAUCAGCCAGAUGAAGAUGGCCAAAAAGGUGUUAUUAUCAAUACAGCCAGUGUUGCUGCCUAUGAUGGUCAGCGGGGACAAAUAGCUUAUUCGGCCAGUAAAGGUGGAAUAGUGGGUAUGACUCUCCCUUUAGCUAGAGACCUAGAAUGUGAAGGCAUUCGCUGUUGUACUAUUGCUCCAGGUUUGUUUGACACGCCUCUGCUAAGGGGUCUUCCGGAAAAAGUACGGCAGGAGUUAGCUAAGGAUGUUCCUUUCCCUAAAAGACUUGGUAAUCCUGAUGAAUAUGCCCACUUAGUGCAAUCUAUGAUUGAGAAUCCAAUGUUGAAUGGUUGUGUCAUUAGAUUGGAUGGUGCUCUACGCAUGCAGCCUUAAUGUAUACAACUUAGCAUUAAACAAUGUUUUGAAUUAAUUUGUAAUAAAUCAAAUAUUCUGAGAAUGUUAUGAUAUCUCUACCACUAUGCCGUUUUUUCAGCUAAUUGUUGGUUUUUUAUUUUUGAUAAUAAAAAUUAUAUAGCAUUA